AUGUCAACAUCUGAUGAUGCAUUACCAUAUCGUGUUAUUUCACAAUUAGUUAUUAUAAAAAAUAUAGAUUUUAUAAAGAAAACAUUUAAUUUUCGUACUGAAUUAGCUAUAGCACCUUUGAAAAAAGAGAUAUUUCAAUUAGAACUCCAUAUUGGAAAUGAUGUAAUUUUACCAAAUGAAAUUAAUGAUUCUAAUAUGAUUGUAUCUAUGGAAGGUUCUGAUGUUGUAUAUACUAGAAAAAAUUUAAUAAAGAAAGCAGCACAAUAUAAAAAAGCAAUUGAGGCUGGAAAUGUUAAUCAAAGAAUGUUAAUAACUCUUAAUAAAUUAGCUAAAGAUAAAGUAAAAAAUGGUGAAAUUUUAAAUUUAUGCAUUGAGGGAAUUCUUAAAAAUCCUCAACAUGGUGUUCAUUUUACAACACUUCUUAGUGAGGAACAUCUUGAAGGUGUUCAUAUGUAUACAAUACGUACAAGUAAUUUGUCUUCAACUCAUCAAUGGUUACCUUGUCUUGAUUAUCCUAAUAGUUUACAGGUAUGGAGAUUUGAAAUUAUUACCUCAUCUGAAUAUAUGGCUGUUGCUCCUGGUGAUUUAAUUGAUGUUGUUUCACAAAGUCAUGGAAAAGAAAAAUGUUUUAUAUAUGAACAAGUUAUACCAACUUCUCCAAUGAAUAUUGGAUUUGCAGCUGGAAAUUUUCAUGAAUAUACUUGUGUUAAACAAACUAUGGAACAUGAAUCAAGAACAUUGGAAUUUUUUGAAGAACUUCUUGGAUGUAAAUUUCCUUUUAAUAGUUAUCAUAUAGUUUUUGUUGAUGAAUUAGAAAGAGAAAUGCAAUCAUAUUCCUCAUUAACAAUUUCAAACAUAUCACAACUUUAUCAUAAAAAAAUUUUUGAUACUGUUCGAGAUGUAAGGCAAAAUUUUGCACAUGCUGUAGCACAACAAUAUUUUGGAUGUCUUGUUAAUAUAUCUGAUUGGCUUGAUAUUUGGUUGAUACGUUCUUUAGCCAGAUUUUUGACAACUCUUUAUGUUGAAAAAUAUUUUGGUCAUUCUGAAUAUAUGUAUCAAAUUUCUAAAAUAAUGGAAGCUGUAUGUUCAUAUGAAAAUAAGUAUGGACCAAUUUUUCUUCGUCCUUUUAAAGAUUCUGAAAAAGCACAAAUGAUAUCAACUUUACAAUGUCAAACACAGGCUAAAUUUUUAUCAGAAAAUGAAUUUCCAGGUUCAUUAUUAGAUGAAAAUAUUGAUAAACUUAAUAAUAAAUGGAAAGGUCUUCAUUUUGAUCCUCGUUCACCAGAAACAGCAUCACCAAUUUAUGUUGAUAAUUUAUAUAGAAAAGGCCAUUUUUGUUUAAGAGUUCUUCAAAUGAGACUUGGAAAAGAUACAUUUUUUAAAGUUAUUCAAAAAGUUUUAUCAAUGUCAUUGUCUGUAUCAGAAAAAUUAUCUAAAUGUGCUGAAUGGGAAAAUAUGUGUGUUUCAACUGAAUCAUUUUUUAAAACUAUAACAAAUAUAACUGGACAAGAAUUACCAUCAUUCAUGGAACAAUGUAUUUAUGGUGGAGGUCAUGCAAAUUUUGAUGUACAAUAUACAUUUAACAAAAAAAAGAAUAUGAUUGAAUUACAAUUAACACAAGAAGCUGGAACUGAUAAAGGUUUUCAAACAUAUGUCGGUCCAUUAACUGUUGUGGUACAAGAAUGUGAUGGUCCAGUUUAUCAUACAAUACAAAUAGAUUCAAAAAUUACAAAACAUGAUUUAAAUGCAAAAUCUAAAGGUAGACGUUUAAAAAAAAAGAAAGUACCAUUACAUACAGGUGAUGAAGUUGAAAUUGAUCUUUCUUUACUAAUGGAUACAGAAUCUCCUGUUUUAUGGAUACGUUUUGAUCCUGAUCUUCAAUUGGUAAGGAGAGUUAAGAUGCGUCAACCUCAUCAUAAUUGGCAAUAUAUGCUUAAUUAUGAGAGAGAUGUUUUGGCACAAUUUGUAGCUAUUGAAAAUUUAGAACCAUUUGCUACAACAGAGACACAAGAGUUAUUACUAGAAGUUUUAGAAAAUAACAAUUUUUUCUAUCGAGUUAAGAUAGCUGCAGCAGAUAUGUUAAUUAGAAUAACAAAUAAGUUGAAUGCUGAAGAAAGAGUUGAGGUGACAAAUACUCCAAGAAUAUUACAAUCACUUAAGAAAUUUUUUUCAUGUAAAAGUUCUUUAGAUUUACCAAAAUCAAAUAAUUAUUCAUUAACUUCAACACAUUUACAACAUUAUUUUUUGUCACAAGCUUUACCAAUGUCUAUUGCUAAAUUAAAAACAAGAAAUAAUAUUCCUAAUAUGGAUGCAUUUAAUUUUAUUUUAAAUCUUCAUAAAUAUAAUGAUAAUUCAUUAAAUAGAUAUGCUGAUGAUUUUUAUCGUGCUGGUAUAAUAACAGCAAUGGGAAAUUUAAUAUAUCCAAAUAAAGAUACCAAAGAAUUAUGGAAUGUUAAUAAAAUGAAUCCUGAUAUUAAAAGAAUUUUAUCAGAAAUAACUUUUGCUUAUAAUAUGGAUAUGAUGAUUCCAAGUUAUGGGAGAAUUGUUACAGUUGCAUGUAUUAAAAUUUUAUAUAAACUUAUGUUAACAGAACAUAUACCUUUAGAACCAAAUACUUUUAUACCAUUAUGUAAAGAAGGUAUAUAUAUUGAGAUAAGAAAAACAGCUUUUCUUUGUUUAAUAGAUAUGAUAGGAAGAGUACAUAAUGAAAAAAUGAUACCUAUAUUUGAUUUUGUAUUAAAUACAUGUCUUGAAACAAAUAAUACACAAUUAAAAUAUCAAUUAGCAUACAUUCUUGCUACAAGACCAAUUUUUGAUUCAGAAAAAACAAAACGUCCAGGAUUUAAAUAUCCACUUAAUAAUCCUGAAGUUAUGAAAAAAUUAUGGCUUAUUAUAAAUAAUGAUAAAUGUAAUAGCUUAUUAAGAAAAAAGCGAAGAAGAAAAAUCUUCUAUUGGAAUGAUUGUGUAACCUUUACUUCUUUAUUAAUUAAAUAUUUUUGUUAUUGUAAAAAAAUUAAAAAAAUUAAUUCUAUGGAGAUUUUGAAAUUGUAG